AUGCUGCCGGGGAUGCUCGUGGCGCGCCGCGUGCUGGCGCAGGUGCCUGCGGCCGCCUUUCAUACGUCUGCGUUGGCCGCCGCUGCGCCGCGGCCCAAGAUUGCCAACUCCAAGCUCAAGUCGCACUCGGGGGCAAAGAAGCGCUUCUUUCCCGUCAUCGGCUCGGCGAAAGGCAGCGCUGUGACGAUGAAAUUCACGCGCGGCAGCGCCAACAAGCAGCACCUGAACUCGGGCAUGUCGCGUUAA